CCCUUCUUAAUGCUGAAGACAUUGGCCAGGGGAGGCCAUGCGCGGAAAAAGAACGGACCUGUUUGGCUGUGGAGCUCUUUCGUUCGACUCUCAGAAAGGGGGCGCAUUUCCCGUAGACCAAAAAAGAGAGACCGACCCUCCAACAUCAGGACGACGUCAGAGUAGACCUGCACGCAGACCCCAAGUGCUGGGGACCUCACGAUCACGAUGUCCAGCACCAAGAGACAAGCAAAAGUGAGUGGUCGCAGAUGUAGGCUGCCCAGAGAGGGGGCGAAUGUUCCAAGUAAGAGUUGCGUCCGAUGCCAAAUUUUGUUUGAUGCGGCUAUCAGGCAAAGAUGUUCUGGCUAUGUUGCCGCCAUUGAUAUAUAAAGGAUAUUUGAUUCACUGUUUGGAGCUUUGACCUCACGGCCUCACCACGUCCACCAGAUCACCAUUCUUUGACAUCCUGUUUUUCUUGAUGUCCUUCUGAUUGAGUUUUUGUUGUAGCUCUGAAUGCCGGUCAGUGAGGUUGAAUCUUGAUGAAACAAUUUUGCUGCUGGAAUAAAGAGAUCCCAAGCCAAUCUUAAGUACAGAAGAGACGAACACACACCAAAGACCUUUUAGAAGGAGGUAUUCCUCCUCAAGCUUAGAGACAGACUUCACUUUGCAGUGAGUGGCAUCAUGUAUUGUAUCAGAAUCAUGUGUCUCUCCGGGUGGGUCGGAAAAGCAUCAAGAAACUGUGACUCCAGGUAUGAUUCCAACGUGGAAGAAUUCUUGAAGCGUUUGUAUUUGUCGACUUCUAUGGCGACCAGCGAGAUCAAGGCCUUUCCAGCCCAAGCACCACGCGUACGUGAUCCCAAAAGAUCCGCUGGUGGCAUGUUGGAACGCUUACCAUCUUUCAACCAGCUGCCUUCCUGGCUGCCACGAGCAGCGCUGGAGCGCUUCGUGAAGGCCUUUGAGGCUUCUGGAUUCCGUGGUGGAGUGAACUACUACAGGUGCUUGAACAGGAACUGGGAGAAGACAAAGGCCGCCUUUGAGAAGUCGGGGCGCAAGAUCAAGCAGCCCACCUUCUUCAUUGCAGGUGAGCUGGACAUGGUGAUCAGGACCUAUGGCGGGACGGAGGCGGCGGAAAGCAUGGUCUCCAAGGUUUGCAGCGACUUAAAGGGAUGUCACUUCAUUCCCGACUGCGGACAUUGGAAUACCCAGGAGAAACCUCAGGAGACCAGCACUGCCUUGAUCCGCUUCUUGGACCAGACUGCGGCAAGCGAGCCGAAAGGUGCACGACGGAGUCGCCUCUGAGAUGUGCCGGUCACACCGCGUCUGGCCGUGGACCAAAGCGGCGAGUGGAAGAUCCGUGCCUUGAGUGACUCCCGACACCCAAG